AUGGAAGGUCAUCAUGGGCCCGGGGGACCCAAUCUAGUCCCUGGGUAUAUGGAAAACGGACGGUUCUAUGGGGAGUAUAAGAAAGGGCAAUACAUGUUCCCUAUCGAUGAGCUGGAGAAAGAUAGACUCGACAUGUUUCAUCAUUUCUUUUUGCUCGCUCGCAACCAGCAACUCUUCUCAGCACCGUUCCCGAAUCAGGAAAGUCCGCGGAUCCUCGACCUGGGAUGUGGAACCGGAAUAUGGGCAAUUGACAUGCAAGAUAAAUAUCCAGUGCUUGGUCAAGUCACUGGUGCGGAUCUUGCUCUUAUCCAGCCAGAAUUUAUCCCGCGCAACCUCGUAUUCAAGCCUAUGGAUAUUGAAGAGCCGUGGCUGGAACUGAGCGGAUGUGCUUAUGACCUCAUUCACCUACGUACACUGAAUGGUAGCAUCUCCGACUGGCCAUUUGUGUAUGACCAGAUAUACAGACACCUGAAGCCCCAUUGCGGAUUUGUCGAGCAGGUGGAAAUCGAUUGGGUCCCACGCAGUGAUGAUAGGAGUCUGCCACCGGAUUCUCAUUUCUUACGAUGGGCCGAAGCGCUGGUGGAGGCAAUGGAUAGAGCUGGGCGUCCAAUGAGACUGGACAGCCAUCGCGUCCAGCAGCAAAUGAGACAGGCUGGCCUGGUGGAUCUUCACGAGCAGGUUAUCAAGGUUCCUAUCAAUGGAUGGCCAGAGGAUGCUCAUGAACGCGAGAUUGGGCGAUGGUUCAAUCUUGGUCUCACUCAAGGUCUAGAAGCUCUAACCUUGGCGCCCUUCACCCGGAUUCUCGGUUAUACCCCAGACGCUGCGAGGCACCUCAUCAGCCACGUGAAGGAGGAGAUUCGGUCGCGGAAAAUACGCGCGUAUUGCACACUGCACAUUUUCACGGCGAGAAGGCCAGCAUGA